AUGGUUGCCAUCAACGCUCGCUCGUCUGCUCUCGCUGUGUCUCUUGUUCUCGCUACGCUGGCCUCUGUCGACGCGCUCCCGGUGCAGAAGGAUCUCUCGAGCUCUCCCCAGAAGCAGUCGUCUCGCUCUGCGAACGCUAUGAAGAAGGUCUCUUCGAGGUCUCGGUUCCUCCGGCGGGAGCCAAUGGUAAUCACCGAGGAACUUCACGGUCCGGUGCACCAGCAGGCGUCGUUCUCGAUUCCGAAGCGGGAGGAGGGUCUCGCUGCUCGUGACCAUGACCACAACCACGAUUACGCUCACGAACACGACCAUGAGCAUGACCGCCACCACUAUGAGCACGAUCACGACCAUGACCGCGACCAUGACCACCACCAUCGUCGCUCGAUCGCCAUCGCCAAUGACUAUGGCUCGUCCUACGUCUUGUCACGGUCCGCUGGCAAGCGCGAGCAGCAGGGUGUUCCGGGCUUCAUAAACAUCAUGAGCGAUCAAAAGAAGCUCGGAUCCCUUAUUCUCGACACGUCCAACUCGUCUCACUACGUGCUCGACGCGUCAGAGAAGAAUUCGACCGAGAUGUAUCUCGUGUCGGCCGGCGAGGGCUCGGGACCCGGACAAUAUCUUGUUCAGGUCCCCCUCAUCGACAUGCAAACCGCCUCCGUCGUUCCCUACUGCGCGACGUACGAUCCCAACCCUCCUCAGGCUGAACCCCUCACCGUCGAGAAGUGCUACGAUUCGACGCAAGCUCAGACGCACAAGAGCCAAUACUUUGCGUUCGAUAAGGAGACCGGUGUCAUCCACCCAAUGUGGUACAGUGACAAGGACUCCACGGACGACAACACGGCUGCUGCCAAAGCUGUCGACGGAUCGGAUGCGCCAGAGGGAUCGGACAUCGCGUCGGUGACCGACGAGGGUGACCUUAUGUCUCGCGAUGACUCCUCGCAGAACAUGACCGCGCAGUCUGUGACGCUAGUCUUCGCUCCUGCUGGAACGCAGGUCGAGAACGUGGACGAUGUUACCUCUAGCAGCAUCUCCUCUGUGCCGACGUCAACAGCCUCGACAGCGACUGUCUCCCGAACCGCCACCUCAUCGGCCGCAUCGCUCACGGCUGCUGACACACCGUCUUCGUCCUCGUCGGCCACGUUCGCUACGUCCACGGCGAUCUCUCGUUCUACCAGCGCAACGAGCUCCGAACCCUCGCCCACUGCUGCCGCGCUCGAUGUCGAGGUCGUCCCGAACAGGGCGUCCUCGUCUGCCGUCACCUCGUCUGUCGUUACUUCAUCUGUGGCCGCGUCGUCUGCGCAUUCUCUCGACGCCGAAGCUGUUGCUUCAUCUAUCGCUGCUUCCUCAAGCGCUGCAUCUUCGAGUGCUGCCUCGUCGACCACUGUCUCCAGCACGGAUGCAUCCCUUUCGGCUGCCGCUGCGUCAGCCUCGACCGCUGCUAGCUCAUCCAUGACUCCGGUUACGUCCGCUACGGCGCCGUACCAGUGGAUGUUCAAAGAGAACACCCGACUUUAA